GUUAGUACCUGAUACGUCAGAUUGCGUCAUCACUAGUGGGCGAAGCGUGUCACGGUGGCUGUGUAUCGGAGGACUCUAACUGUACCACUUAAAGUACAUGCAGACGUUAAAGCAUGGCCGCAGACGAUUCUUUUAAAGUGUCCUCCCUAAAGGGGAAGGUGGCCCUGAUAACGGGGGCCAGCUCAGGGAUCGGGGCAGGAACCAGCGUCCUGUUCGCCAAACUGGGAGCUGUGCUGGCUCUGAACGGCCGCGACGUGGAAAACCUCAACAAGAUAUCCCAACAGUGCACCGACUGUGGAGCUGCCGAGCCGUUGCUCGUUCCUGGAGACCUCACCGAUGAAGAGACGGUGAAGAAGACUGUGGAGCAAACGAUCGCUCGCUUCGGCCGGCUGGACGUCCUGGUUAACAGUGCCGGUAUCCUGGCCAUGGGCAGCAUCGAGACGACAGACCUGGCUCAGUACGACAAGGUCAUGAACAUCAAUGUCAGAUCUGUAUACCACCUGACUCAACUCUGUGUUCCCCACCUGAUCAAGACCAAGGGCUCUAUCGUCAAUGUAUCCAGCGUCAACGGGCAGAGAUCAUUCCCUGGUGUGCUGGCCUAUUGUAUGUCCAAGUCGGCCAUUGAUCAGUUCACACGUUGUAUAGCACUUGAACUGGCAUGUAAGCAAGUCAGAGUGAACUCUGUCUGCCCCGGUGUGAUCGUCACAGAUGUCCACAAGAGAGCAGGACUAGAUGAGGACCAGUAUGCCCAGUUUCUUGCCAAGUGUAAGCAGACUCAUGCCCUCGGCAGACCAGGAGAGGUGGAAGAAGUCGCGCAGAGCAUUGCCUUCCUGGCGUCCGAUGCUGCCAGCUUCAUCACUGGAGUCAACCUACCCAUUGAUGGAGGCCGCCACGCCAUGUGCCCCAGAUAAGAUCGCGUAUGCUCAGAUACAGCGAUGCUAAUACAGAGCUUUCAACCUCUAA